GAAGCAGUAAUGCAUUUCGAUUUAUUCAAGAAAUUAUUGAUGCAUCAUGGCCGAUGAUGAGAAUGUUGUUGAAGAAGAGGCAGAAACACCUGCAGCUACAGAAAGUGAGUCAGCGAUAACCCCUACUGAACUGGACAAACCAUUGGCUCCACCUAAAUAUGAAGUGCGCCCUUCUUUGGGCGAAAAAUUUCAGUCUCAAAAUGUUCGCGAGAUCAUCGUAACGACAAUGCAGGAACAGUUGAUGGGUAGAAAGUAUAGGUCGGAUCAAGCGCCGCGAUGGACAGAGGAAAUCGCUAACAGAGUUCGACAAAGAGUUCAGGACUUGGAUAUGAAAAGGUACAAAAUUUUGGUACAAUGUAUCAUGAUAGAAAUGAAAGGCGCCGGGGUGAAAUGCGCACAGCGGUGCAUGUGGGAUCCGGAAACGGAUGACUAUGUCGGCGAUUUAUUCAGAAAUGAAACUAUAUAUUGUUACACUGUUGCGUACGGCAUAUAUAUGUAUUAAAUAGAUUUAAAAAAAAGAAAAUUAUAUUAUAUAUCGAACGAUGAAUAGCUAUUUGGUUUUAGCGAAAUUUUUGCAACUUUACAGGAGAGCCAUUUAUAGUAUAAUUUGGAAAAAAUAUCAUAACAAAAAACUUCAGCUAUUUAUUUGAACUAGAGGU